GAGGGAGAUGGGGCAGGUCAGAGAGAAGUAUGUCGUAAUUCGGAUCCACAACAAUAACAGCAUCCUCCUCAGAAUCCUCGGAGAAGCCUCGGCGCAUCACUCAAUAGGCGUGCUCCUCCCUCAUCAUUUUAUGGUCCGCUUCAGUCUCUUCCUUCUGCACUAUUUUAUGGUCUCGCGCUAUUCUCACUUCAGUCUCUGGCGGCUGGAGGGCAGCUCAUGGGUGCAGUAUAGGUCACCGAGACGGUGUAACGGACCUCGCUUACCACGCGAUUCGACUCGUGUUUAACCGGGCAGCAGAGCCGUUACUGCUGGUUCAGUCGGCAGGAGAGAUUCCUAUUCCUGCGCUCAGGCAUCUCCACAGCAAACCGGGAAGAUACCUAUUCCGACCAAGCCCCUGUCGCGCCGCAUCUUUAUUUUUACCAACGAGAGGUUACUCAUUUAAUUAUAAAUAUCACCAUGAUUGGUUAAACACUAAAUGGACCAGCAAUUUGGAUUGUUUUAAAGCUUUUGCUACUUGGCACUCAGGAGACGCAGAGCACAGUCACACGUAAAGAUUGCUAACUCCUAGUGAGCACUGAAGAAUUUGAGAAGAUGCACGGGGAUCUGAACUUGAUUUUUUCGCGUGUGUGGAGUGUGUGUCUUCUCCUAGUUUGGAUAUGUCUUGGCACAAGGAUCAUCGGUGUGGUAGGAUCACACCAAGGCAGUAUCCCCCUCCACGUGGUCAAGUUGUGGGCCUCAGCGUUUGGAGGAGAGAUAAAAUCCAUCUCAGCCAAGUACUCUGGUUCUCAGCUACUGCAGAAGAAAUAUAAGGAGUUUGAGCAAGCAGUGCGUGUACAAGAAAUAGAUGGGCUGAGGUUGGUAAAGAAGCUGGCAGAGAAUAUGGAGGAGAUGUUCCACAAGAAGUCGGAAGCCAUGAAGCGUCUGGUGGAAGCAGCAGAAGAAGCCCACCUGCAGCACGAAGAGGACCCUGACCUGCAGUAUGAGUAUUUCAAUGCAGUGUUGAUAAACGAGAUCGAUGAAGAGGGAAAUAGUGUUGAACUUGGAGGGGACUUUCUUCUACAACCCAAUGACCACUUCAACAACCUGUCUGUCAACCUUAGCCUCAGUGUGGUCCAGGUGCCCACCAACAUGUACAACAAAGACUCUGCCAUAGUAAACGGGGUGUACUGGUCGGAGGCCUUGAAUAAAGUGUUCGUGGACAACUUUGAGAGAGACCCAUCGCUCAUAUGGCAGUACUUUGGCAGUGCUAAGGGCUUCUUCAGGCAGUACCCAGGAAUCAAGUGGAGGCCGGAUGAACAUGGAGUCAUUGCUUUCGACUGUCGCAACCGCAAAUGGUACAUCCAGGCAGCCACGUCUCCUAAGGACGUGGUGAUCUUGGUGGAUGUGAGUGGAAGUAUGAAGGGCCUGAGGUUGACCAUCGCUAGACAGACUGUCUCUUCUAUAUUGGACACGCUUGGGGAUGAUGACUUCUUCAACGUCAUCGCUUACAAUGAAGAGCUGCACUACGUCGAGCCCUGUUUGAAUGGAACUCUGGUCCAAGCUGACGUCACCAACAAAAACCAUUUCCGGAUGAAUCUGGAUAAAUUGUUUGCUAAAGGGAUCGGAAUGCUGGACGUAGGUCUCACUGAAGCCUUUGAGGUCCUCUAUGAUUUUAAUCAGACUGGACGAGGAAGCGCAUGUAGCCAGGCCAUUAUGUUGGUGACUGAUGGGGCGGUAGACACGUAUGAUGCAGUCUUUGCCAAGUACAACUGGCCUGACAGAAAGGUCCGGAUAUUCCCGUACCUGAUUGGCCGAGAGUCCGCAUUUGCAGAUAACCUAAAAUGGAUGGCCUGCGCCAAUAAGGGCUAUUUCACUCAGAUUUCCACGUUGGCAGAUGUGCAGGAGAAUGUGAUGGAGUACCUGCACGUGCUCAGCCGGCCCAAAGUCAUUGACCAGGAGCACGAUACGGUGUGGACCGAGGCCUACGUUGACAGCACCGUGAGUGGACACCGCUCCCCCAUCUCCCACAUGCUCCCUCAGGCUCAAAAGUUGGAGGAUGGUCAGGGUCCUAUUUUGAUGACCACUGUUGCCAUGCCAGUGUUCAGCACCAAGAAUGAGACGAGGAACAGAGGUAUCCUGCUAGGGGUGGUUGGUACGGAUGUUCCUGUCUCUGAGCUCCUCAAAACCAUCCCCAAGUAUAAGCUUGGCAUCCAUGGCUAUGCGUUCGCCAUCACUAAUAAUGGUUACAUUCUGACCCACCCUGACCUCAGACCACUGUAUGAAGAGAAUAAGAAACGUAGGAAGCCAAACUACAGCAGUGUGGAUCUGUCGGAGGUGGAGUGGGAAGACAAAGAUGACAUACUGCGUAAUGCCAUGGUAAACAGGAAGACGGGCACCUUUUCCAUGGAAGUGAAGAAGACUGUGGACAAAGGGAAGCGUGUGCUGGUACUCCAUAAUGAUUACUACUACACUGACAUCAAGGGAACCCCUUUCAGUCUAGGAGUGGCCCUUUCCAGAGGCCAUGGGAAAUACUUCUUCAGAGGAAAUGUGACAGUUGAGGAAGGUCUUCAUGACCUGGAGCACCCUGACGUACAACUAGCCGAUGAAUGGACAUAUUGUAACACAGACGAGCACCCAGAGCAUCGGUACCUGUCUCAGAUAGACGCCAUCAAACUGUAUCUCAGCGGACGGGAACCACACCUCAAAUGUGAUAAGGAACUGAUCCAGGAGGUGCUGUUUGAUGCAGUGGUAACAGCUCCUCUGGAGGCCUACUGGACCAACCUGGUUCUCAACAAGUCAGAGAACUCUGAUAAGGGUGUAGAGAUUGCCUACCUUGGAACACGAACCGGACUGUCCAGAAUUAACCUUUUUGUGGUUCCAGACCAGUUGACAAAUCAAGACUUCCUGACAGCUGAAGAUAAAGAAGGUGUGUUCAACGCAGAUCACUUUCCCCUGUGGUACAAGAGAGCGGCUGAACAGGUUCCUGGCACCUUUGUCUACUCUUUACCCUUCAAUACAGGGAAUGACAAUAAAAGUGUUGUGUUGGCCAGCACGGCCAUCCAGCUCUUGGAUGAGAGGGAAUCGCCUAUUGCUGCCGCUGUGGGGAUCCAGAUGAAACUUGAGUUCUUCCAAAGGAAGUUCUGGACCGCCAGUCGACAGUGUGCAGCUCUAGAUGGGAAAUGCUCUAUAAGCUGUGAUGAUGAGAACAUCAAUUGUUACCUGAUAGACAACAAUGGCUUCAUCUUAGUAGCAGAGGACUACUCUUUGACCGGGAUGUUCUUUGGAGAAGCAGAAGGGGCAGUUAUGAAUAAGUUGCUUCUAAUGGGCUCCUUUAAGAGGGUUACUCUGUAUGAUUACCAGGCAAUCUGCAGAAUCUUUUCUGAGAGUAGUGACAGUGCCCGCACACUACUAGACCCCUAUUUUGCAAUAUUUGCCACAGUGAAGUGGCUCCUUACAGAACUUGUCAUUUUCAUGGUUGAGUUUAACCUGUACAGCUGGUGGUACUCCGACCUCACAGCAAAAGCCCAGAGGGGGGGUCGGACCAUGUUGGUACCAUGUGAUACAGAGUACCCCGCCUUCAUCUCGGAGAGAACAAUCAAGGAGACGACAGGAAACAUUGACUGUGAAGGAUGCAUAAAAUCCUUUGUGAUUCAGCAGAUCCCCAGCAGUAAUCUCUUCAUGGUGGUGGUCGACAACAAAUGUGACUGUUCUGCCGCUGGUCCAAUUACCAUGGAACCCAUUGAGAUAAUGUAUAACGAGUCUCUGAAGUGUGAACGGCUUAAGUUCCAAAAAGACCGGAGACGCCCCGACUCCUGCCACCCCUUCCAUCCAGAGGAGAAUUCCAUGGAGUGCGGAGGAGCUUUAGGCCUCUACCCAUCACUAACGACAACACUAUUAUGCCUGAUGCUGGCACUGUUUCCUAGGUGACCAGGGCCCACCCCCCACCCC